GACUUGCUAUCAUCAGUGUGCUUCACAUAGAGCUGAUAAAGUGUGGUUAUUAUUUGAGUGCAAAGUGUAAUUUGAAUUUUGGACAUUUAAGUGGCCUUCUACGCCAGUGUGUGUAAAGGCGAACUUGAGACAACCUGUUACUUUCGAACUAAUCAUGAAGAAUUUGGCUGUUUUUGUUCUCAUUUUCAUUGUUCCAUUAAUAAAUGGUGACCAACUGCAUUGUAAGCUGCCUGAUGUCCUGAUCCCCACAGAAUGGAAGAGCAUGGUGACAGACUGCACACGCAAGAUGAGGGACCAAGUCCAGAUGGAGCUUACUGCAUCUGUCACGUACAUGGCCAUGGGAUCCUACUUCCUUCAAGACACUGUAAAUCGACCAGGCUUUGCUAAGUUCUUCCUAGAGAGCGCCAGUGAGGAGCGUCAGCACGCACUCAAGCUCAUGGAGUACUUGCUCAUGAGAGGAGAACUGACCACUACAGUUGAGUUCGACAAACUUAUUGACAACCCGAAACCCCUGGCUACCUCCUGGCCCAACGGAGUAGAGGCACUGAAAGCAGCCCUGGACCUGGAGACUAAGGUGACUAACCGCAUCAGAGAUAUCAUCGUCACAUGUGAGGAGCCCUCCAACAAGUACAACGACUAUCACUUGGUAGACUGGCUGACCGCUGACUUCCUAGAUGAGCAAUACAAGGGUCAACGAGAGCUGGCUGGCAAGAUCUCUACCCUCAGCAAGAUGAUGAAGGAACACGGAGUUCUUGGCGAGUUCCUCUACGACAAGACUAUGUAAACCAUGACAUCAGUUACAUGUCACUUUACCGAAUUUGAGCGACUUGAUGAUAUUUUUAUAGUGUGUAAAUAUAAUAUGUUAGUUAAGCACGAUGAUUUCACUCUAGACAAUUACUUGUUAACUCUUACGUGCAGACAAUGCAACAGUCAAUUUUUACUUUAUAUGUAGACUAGUGUAAGAUGUUCAAUAAAGUUUUUUAAAUAUGUA